AUGUCUGUCGACCCCUCACUCCAAACUUUUCUCGCGUAUCAGCACGGCGACGCACACACUCUCGAAACGACCGUGAAACAAGUUCAGCGCUUGGAUGCCCUCGACAAGCUCAAUAUCGAGUUGUUCAAAGAGAGCGGAUCAGAUUAUUAUGUGAUCGUCACAAGGGCAACGAUCUUCCAUCCGCAAGGAGGUGGUCAGCCUUCAGACACCGGUAUCAUGCAAAGUCCAUCGGGAAUUUUCAGGGUAUGCGCCGUUCGGGUGGACGUUGUCAAUCAUGGUCGUGUACUUCAUUUUGGCCAUUUCGACGAAAAAUCAGCCGGAUUUGCCGAGGGCGAUAUUAUCCUGCAAACAAUCGAUAUUGAGAAACGCCUGUUCUAUUCACGCCUCCAUACCGCCGGCCACGUCCUCGGCGCUUCGGUCCGACAUCUGCUUGAACAUGAAAUCCCAGACUUUGACGAACUAAAAGCGUCCCAUUUCCCUGAUUCGGCAUCCUGCGAGUUCCAAGGUUUUAUCGAGGCGAAAUGGAAAGAACCAAUCCAGGCCAGACUUGAUAAAUACGUGGCAAAGAAAGCUGACGUCCGUGUCGAGUGGUGGAGCGAGGAAGAACUCCGAAGUCGAGGUUUGGAACGACUGAUUCCCGAUCGUCGUCUGAUUCCUGCGGGAGAAAAGAUUCGAGUGGUUAAUAUCGUCGGGUUGGAGACAUAUCCUUGUGGAGGAACCCAUGUCGCGACAACAGACUUGUGCGGCCCUGUAACGGUGAGACGGAUCUCGAGGAAACAGGGGAUUUCUCGAGUUAGCUAUCAUUUGCCAUGA